GAGAGACCAGGGGCAGUACUGAGUGUAUCUCCACAGAGCUGGCUGACUGAAGGAGACUCAGUGACUCUAAGCUGUGAGAUUACAGACUCCUCUACAGACUGGACAUUCAGCUGGUACACAACUGUUCCAUACAGAGAUGCCUUAACUCAAAUAAAAGAUACUCAAAGCUAUAUCAUGCAUGUGAAGCCCCUCUCAGACAGCAACAGAGGAUCUGGAGGCAACUACACUCUCAGUCCUGCUGCUCUUAAUCACACAGGAGUUUAUAUGUGCAGAGGAGAGAGAGGAGAACCAGCCUUACACACACAGUACAGCAAUCCACAGCCACUAUGGAUCACUGGGGAAUCUCCUCCAGUCUCUCUGAUCAUCAAUCCCAGCAGAACUCAACACUUUACUACAGACUCUCUCUCACUGAGCUGUGAGGGCCAGAGAAACUCUACUGGAUGGACAGUGAGACAAUACACAUACAGUGAGAGAGUGUUAGAUUGUUCACGGUGGGGAUCAUUUACAGGCUCUACAUGCAAAAUCAGUCCAAUCGACACAUAUCACACUGGAGUUUACUGGUGUGAGUCUGAAUCUGAAGGUAGCAGUAAUCCUAUCAACGUCACGGUGCAUGAUGGUGAUGUGAUCCUGGAGAGUCCUGUCCAUCCUGUGACUGAGGGACAUCCUCUGACUCUACGCUGUUUAUAUCGCUACACAAAGUCCUCAAACCUCCGAGCUGAUUUCUAUAAAGAUGGAUCAGUUCUCCAGACACAGACUACAGAAGAGAUGAUCAUCUAUAACGUCUCAAAGUCAGUUGAAGGUUUCUACCACUGUAAACACCCAGAGAGAGGAGAGUCACCGAAAAGCUGGGUCUCAGUCAGACGUUCUAGAUCUAGUGGUAGAACAACAGGAGUGGGUGUAGGAGUGAGCUUGGCCUUUUUCUUCACCUCUUUAUGGAUCAUAUUUAUCCUGCUGUCGUGCAUCAAAAAAAAGAAAGAAAAUCAGCAGGACACCAAUCAGACAUCAGAGCAGAAUCAGAUCCGGUCAGGAGCUGAAGACUCUCAGUCAGGACACACACCACUUCAGGCUGGUGCUGAUGCUGAACCCAGUGUUAGUUUUAUUAAUUAUGCUGAUCUUGAUCUACAACCGCUGAAUAAAGAAGUGAGAGUACAAGUAAAGGCCAGUGUGGGUAAUAAUACUGUCUACUCAGACCUAAAGCUGAACAUGGAGUGAAACACGUAUGCUGAUGGAGCCACAGUUAUCAAAUGAAUAGCUGGAAAAUUGUCAUUUCUAUUUUUUUCCUAAAAAUGCUCGGCUGUUAGACUGCAAUGUUCUAAACGUGGCUGAUAAUAAACACAAUGGCAUGGAGAAUUUGCACACUGACGGAUGAACCUGUAGGUGCCAAAAACAUCAGCUUUUUCCCAGAGAUCAUGGAAUUAUUUUCUCUUGUAUCAGUCCCAAUCUCUGGAAUAUAAUCCCUAUAUAAGCCUUUAAAUCCAGAUGUUUAAAAAGUGACUUGUUUAACUUGGUAGUAUUAGUUACAGUACAUUUUUUUCACAGUUACUUUAAAAAAAAAAAGCCCUCGUUUGUUUACAAAUGUUUCAACUUGUCAUGCAUUGAGAAUAACAGUGUUCUAUGUGGACCAAACCUACAGUGAUCUGCUUUGUUGGAUGUAAAUAAUUACCACCACUGCAGCUCUUUGGAUCACAGAUCUCAAUAAAACUACCAGAUUUAAGGUCUUAGGGAGUUUUUCCUCGCUACAAUCACUUGUUGCUUAUUAGGAAUUUAAAACUAUAUUGGGAUUUUUUUUUUUUUUUUUUUAAAGCUGCUUUGUACCAAUGUCUGUUGUUAAAUGUUCUGUACAAAUAAAAUUAAAUUACAGGCACUCUGGGGUAUACAUUUAAAAAUAUUUUUUUGAACUGAGUAAUGGGUGGUACAACCAUCAAUUUACAGUAUAUCAUGGCAAAAAAAUGUAAUUAUCACAGUAUCAGUAUGUCUCAGUAUAUAUUUUGCAGCAAAAUACUUAUUUAUUUAGUCAUGUGUGUAGUUACUAGGAACAGGGCCGUAAAUAGGAAUUCUGGGCCCUCUUAAUGAACACUGGGGUAAGCCCCUAUACGUACUCACUGACUACUUUAGAAGGAACACUUGUAUUUUUUAUCAUUCAUGCAAUUAUCUGAUCAGCCAAUCAUGUGGCAGCAGGGCCAUGCAUAAAAUCAUGAAGAAGAAGGGGGACUAGUUGAGAGUGACCACUCAUAGCAGUAGGAUCAUGCUUCCCAUUUCCACUCCCAAAGUCAAGCAUAAUGAUGGAUCUUGGAAAGUUGGGAGUCGGCACUCGUUAUGAUUGACUGAAUUAAUGAGAACACCUCCAUGUUCAUCUUUUGUUAGCAACAAGCUAGCCAGCCAACUGUGAUGAAUGAAGUAUGCUUUCCUUCUCAAAACAGUGAACUGUAUAUUAUAGAUUUAACAAGUGACAAUGCAUUUAUAUUGAUUGAUCUAAAGCAAAUUUUUAUUUAAGAAGUGCUAAUUUGUUUACUGUUGAUGCUGUGUGUGGCCAUGUUGACUUUACGUCACUUGCCGAACUCGGGGGUUGAGUUAAGAAUUGGGAGUUAAGAGAGCGUUUUAUUUAAUUUUUCCACCUAUGCUGCCAAGCUGGAUACAUUAAACUUUCCUUGGACAGAAUUCUGUCCUGUGCUUUUUCUAGAUAUUUUAACAAUGUAAUAUAGUAGCCUAUCAAAACACUACAAUACACACAGGCAUGAAUUAACAUCCUCUGUAUGGGAAUCUAAUUGGAUGGCUAGCUAGCAAG